AUGGCCGCUAGAUCAAUUGCGAAGAUAGUCACUGCUAGACAACAAGCCGAAGGUGUCGGAGCUACCGUUAGAAGAUCAAUUGGUGUUAUCAACCAACGUAAAUACAAUCCAUUCUUAAUGUUUGAUCAUUUCUCAAGUGCAGGUACCAAUGGAUUCCCAGAACAUCCUCAUAGAGGACAAGAGACAAUUACAUUAAUUUUACACGGUGCUAUUGCUCAUGAAGAUUUCACUGGUUCAAAGGGGAUUCUUUAUCCUGGUGAUUUACAAUUCAUGACUGCUGGUAGAGGGGUUGUACAUUCAGAAAUGCCAGUUCCUAAUAAGGAUGGAUCUCCAACUGUUGGUUUACAAUUAUGGGUCGAUUUACCAAAUCAUUUGAAAGAUGUCGAACCAAGAUAUAGAGAUUUAAGAGCUUGGGAGAUUCCAGAAGUUGUGACUGAUAAUGAUAGAGUUACCAUUAAGGUUAUUUCUGGAACUAGUCACGGAGUUGAAUCAGUUAAAGAAUUGGCUUAUACUCCAGUUAAUUAUUAUUAUUAUAGAGUUAAAGCCGGUGGUUCUUUCAAACAAGAAUUACAAGAAGGAUUUAACUAUUUCUUAUAUGUUUUAAACGGUAAGAAUUUAGUCUUGAAUAAUGACACUAAGAUUGAUCAAUAUCAAAAUGUCUUCUUUGAAGAAGAAGGCGGUUAUAUUACCGGUAAGAAUACUGCCACUGAAGACAAUGAGGAAACUGAAGUUCAAUUUGUCUUGGUUGGUGGUAAGAAAUUAGAUCAAGAUGUUGUUCAAUAUGGUCCAUUUGUAGCUGCUACCAAUGAAGGUAUCCAAAAAGCAAUUAUGGAUUAUCAGUAUGCUAGAAAUGGAUUUGAUAAUGUAAGAACCUGGAGAACUUUAAUUAGUAAUGGUGUUACUGAUGAAAUGAUUCAAGGUCCAUUAAAUGGUAGUCUUGAAAAGAGAGAACAAAUGCGUAAAGAAUUUUUAGCAUUGAAAGCAGGUGGAGGUGUAGCAAAAGAUGAGCUUUAA